CACAUGCUGAAGUUUCUCUCCAGCACUGAGAGAGUUAAGGGAGGAUACACCUGUCCUAUCACACACCUGUCUCAGGCUGGCAGCCAAUCAGAGCAAAGAAAGCUAGGUGGAUAAAAAGAGUGACGAUGUGGAUACAAAUCAAACCACUUCAUUUAUCAGGAUAUAAACACACAGACACACAUCCAACCAGAGAUACAAACACAUCUGGGAGAAGAGACAAGAUAACAAACUAAGGAUUUUAUAACCACUGCCUGUCAGAGGAGUCAUGACCAAGGAGAUUGAGGCUCUCAUGGUACAACAGAACGAGAGUUUCAGCUACUUACGCUAUCCAGACAAUUACAUGAUGGAAUCUUGGUCAUACGAGGACGACAAAACCAAACCCAGACUGUCUUCAGAUGAAGACCUUGCUAUAGAACUCUUCUAUGAUCACUGCAAGCCCUCAAAAGAGCAGAUGAUGACAUGUACCCGUGGUAGCAGCAUGUACAAAUCCAGAGAGGAGAGGACACCGAACAGCUCUUCCCCUGAGCUGGCCACACUGGAGAACGCUCAGAUCAUGAAAAUUAUUUCUGACAAUAUUAACUUCAGCCAAGUAAAGCAACCAUUACCGGGCUCUGACCCAGUCAACAUCAACAGCAUCUUGGAGUCCCUCCUCCCCCAACCGCCACAGAAAUCUUGGCAAUCUCACCAAAACUUUCUGGAGGUCACCCCUGAGCCUCUUGGCAACAGCAAUGCAUUUGUGGGACAGACAAGCCCUGUAUACUCCUACCCCAACUCUUCUCCAGAGAGAUACAGGAAUGACUUCCAAUUCGUUCUUGGCGCCCCACAAGCUUCCCAGCACAAGACUACAGAAAUACCCAUGGUGUACCUCAACAAGGGGCAGUUUUACCCCAUCACGCUGCAGGGAGUGGACAGCACUGCUGGGGUUUCAUGCAGCAAAGUAAAAACGGUGAUCAUGGCUGUGUUUGAGAAUGACAAGAGUCCUGAGAUGCAGCUUAAGUACUGGAACCACUGGCACGCUCGACAGCCUACCGUCAAACAGAGAGUCAUUGAUAUCGCUGACUACAAGGAAGUUUUCAGCGGAGUGAGUAACUUGGAAGAGGUUGCUUUCAACGCGCUGUCCUUUAUCUGGAACACCAAUGAAGAAGCAAAGGUGCACAUUGGCAUCAAUUCUCUGAGCACUGACUUCUCCUCGCAGAAAGGGGUCAAAGGUCUUCCUCUGAAUCUUCAGAUCGACACCUAUGAUUUCAGCUCAGGGAACAACCGUCUCAUUCACAGAGCUGUUUGUCAGGUCAAGAUCUUCUGCGAUAAGGGGGCUGAGAGGAAGAUGAGAGAUGAGGAGAGGAAGAGAAGCAAGAGGAGGACCAAGAAUGUUUCAGACUCCAGCAACAAUAGUUGCAAACAGGCCCUAGUCUCCAGCUCUGUCGGAAGGGACUCUACCUACUUUAAAACUAUAGAAGAUCACGUCACGCAACCUGUUUUAUUCAUCCCAGAGAUGCACUUCAGCACUAUGCAGCGCUGUGGCCUGGUGCCCCCUGUUAGCACUGAGGAAAAUGACAAGACAUCACGGAAGCGUAUCAGCGGCUACGCAGACGGCGGCGACCAGAGCAGCUCCCCUCCGAGCAAACAAGCCCGCCGAGACGAGCAACAGAGAGUUCUACUGUACGUCAGACGAGAGACCGAGGAAGUAUUUGAUGCCCUCAUGUUGAACACGCCAACCCUCAGGGGCCUGAGAGAAGCGAUUUCAGAAAAGUACGGUAUGCAAGAAGACACCAUUGGGAAAAUCUUCAAGAAGUGCAAAAGAGGGAUUUUUGUGAACAUGGACGACAACAUCAUCGAGCAUUACAGCAACCACUCUGCCUUCCUCAUUGAUAUCACUGAAGUUAUGAUCAACCACUUCCAGAUCACUCUAAUGGAGUUAUAAAAGGCAUCAUCGACUAGUGACGCCACACCUGGUGCUGCUGGCAGCUUCUCUCUGCCCUCUCGAACAAAAAGCACAACUGUGAGCCAGAUUCUGCGGUGCCAGAACUGUCGCUAUGGAAACAAAAGAGCUCACCUGCCAGUUAUAUCAUUUUCAUUUUCAACAGACAUAUCAAUAUUGACCAGUGUAAAUACGAGUUACCUCUUUUGUACCUUUUUUAUUAUUUUAUCUACAACUAUUUUAUAACAUGAGCAAUUAUGAUCAACAAGGUACACUGUAAAUAGUAAUUGUAAAUAGACAUAAUUAUCAUAAUGUUGUGUGUUAACAUGAUUUUUAAAAAGUUAUAUGUUAUUAUUUCAAUGAUAAACUUGCCUUUUUAACGCUGCCUAUUUGCUGCUUAUGAUAGGCCCAUCAUUUCUAGUAAAGGAUGUGAGGCGUUUGUAUCGCUUUAUGGUUUGCAUGUUUAUUAAUCUUGCCGCGUGUUACUUAAGCAUACUUCCAGUCGGGGUGCUGUAACUGUCAGCCUUUUAGUUUCACAUCUGAUACGCUCCACAAACACACAUGAGUGUUUUAGACCUUUAAGUCGCACAUUUCCCCCUUUAAAGAGCCGUGUAUCUGUCAGUGUUUCGAUCACCACUUUUUGAAAACUGGCUUCACACAUUUCAUCUGUGUGACUGUAACGGUUGUCAGGACAACCGGCCAUUUGUCCUCCAACAUUUAAACAUGAAAGUUCGGGUGAACCACUGCAAUAUCGAACUUGCCCAAAUAUCAGAUUAAAUAAUACUGACUUCAUUUUGUGCAUUUUGCUUCACAAAACUUGUACAUUUCAAAUGCUUUGUAUUGCUGUCAAACAAUAUUAAUAUACUAAAGCUGUGUUCCCUUUUUUUUUACUGCCUUUGCUUUUGUAAGGAAAAUUAAAAAAAAAAAUCCAUAACAUA